AUGUUGAGGUCACAGAUAAGGCUAGUGCCGAAAUUGAAUGUUGCGCCUGCAGUGACAAGGAGGAGCAUCUAUACCUCGGUGUUGGAAUCCGACAUCAACAUAACACCAGCCGGCAAAGUCAACUUGGCCGUGGGUAGCGGUGGGCGUUCGUCUAGAACUGGCUAUACUGCCACUGUGUUUGGCGCAAGCGGAUUCUUGGGGAGGUACCUCGUGUCGAAGUUGGCCAGGCACGGAACCAACACCAUUGUGCCCUAUCGAGAUGACUUGAAAAAGAGGUUUUUAAAAGUGCAAGGUGACUUGGGCGUGGUCAACUUUGUUGAGAUUGACGCGAGAAACUUGCAGAGCAUAGAGGACGCCGUGGCUCACUCCGACAUUGUCGUGAAUUGCAUUGGGGCCGACUACAACACCAAGAACUUCACCAUGGCCGACGUCAACAUCGCCUUGGCGGAACGCAUUGCUCAAGCUGCCAAGGACGCCGGUGUGCCUCGCUUCAUCCACGUUAGCUCCUACAACGCUGACCCAGCGUCGGAGUCGGUGUUUUACGCCACCAAGGGCAUUGGCGAAGCACGAGUCAGGGAGAUUUUCCCUGAAGCGACCGUGGUUCGCCCCGCGCAGAUGUUUGGCAGAGAAGACAACUUGUUGAACUACUUGGGCCCCAAGAUCAAGAUGUGGACCCCGGGCAAGAACUCAAAGGAGAUCUGGCCCGUGCACGUCUUGGACGUGGCGCGCGCCUUGGAAAUCAUUGCCUACGACAACUCCACCAUUGGCAAGACGUUUGAGUUGUACGGGCCUGAAAAAUUGACCUAUCAGGAAAUCAGACAGAUGGUGCAUGGAAUCACCGAGAAUUUCGCGCAAGUGGGGCCAUUUGGAUACAACUUUUUUGACUAUGAAUUGCCCUUGCCCUUGGCGAAAUUGAUUGCCCUGGUUCUGCAGUUGGUGUGGUGGAAAUUGCCUAACCCUGACCAAAUGCAGAGACAUUUGAUACAUCAGAAAAUCGACCAGCUGGCAGCCACGUUUAAAGACUUGGGUCUUGGCGAGGAGGAGAAGACAAAGUUGGCGGACGUUUUGUUCAGUUAUGUGAAACAGUGGAGACAUCCUUUGAUUGCUCAAAAAGGUGGUCCUAACAAGAGAAUGUUGGAUGACAUGAGACACGUUCAGCAUUUCACUGAGUAG